UUCUUAAUAGUUGACUUUAAAAAAUCAAAUAAGUUACCUCUAUAUUUUUCAUUAAUUACAUUGUAUUGGAAACCAAAUUUUACUGUAGGAAGUAUAUUUGUUUGUUAUCUAUAUAAAUUAUACAAAUAUGUCUUUGGUGCCAUUGUUCUUCCGAGAUUGGUGGGAAGAUUUCGAACGUGAGCGAUUACCAAGACGAUUAUUGGACCAAAACUUUGGUCUGGGGUUGCAUAGAGAUGAUCUGUCCACUUUAACGUCUGCUCUAACUUCGCCUUCUCUGAGAUCAGCUACAUACUAUAGACCAUGGCAAGGUGUACUUAACAGACAAAAUAGUGGUACAUCCAACCUUAAGUUUGAUGACAAACAAGUACAAGUUAUAUUAGAUGUUCAACAAUUUGGACCUGGUGAGAUCACGGUUAAAACUUCAGAAGGAGCAGUUAUCGUUGAAGGGAAACAUGAAGAAAAACAAGACGAACAUGGUUUUAUAUCGAGACAAUUUAAAAGAAGAUAUUUAUUACCUAAAGAUGUGGAUUUAGAACAAAUUGUUUCAAGCUUGUCUUCUGAUGGAAUACUAACAAUUAGUGUUCCUAAAAAGGAAAAACAAUUAACAGGUGAACGUACUGUACCAAUUAUUCAAACAGGAACGCCAGCAGUAAAAGCAGCUGAAGCUAUGAAAAAUGACGAAACUCCCUUAGUUACUGAUAUUAAAGUUGAACAUCAAUAACUUUAUUUAUUUAUAUUUUACUUAUAAUAUAUUAUACUAGCUAUGUAUUUA